AUGACAAUGAUGAGGGGGGCCUUGUCUGGUGGGAGAUCGGAUCAGACACAGGGCAAGGCCAUGGAGCCAAUGGCGAUCGUGACGGUGACCGGGGGCGUGCUGGGCCCGGUGAUCGUGCUCCUGUCGCGCAUCCAGCCCGUCGUCGACUUCAUCCGCCGCCUCUGCAACUGCCUCCGCCACCCUCAGCGUCGCCCUGCCAGGUCGCUCAGGGCGCCAUGGUAUAAGCCUGCAGCAGCAGAGGAGUAG